CACAUAGGUGUCCUUCCCCUUCCCUCUACUUUCGACGCGUGUCCCUCGCCAGCUGUAUUCCCCUAAUACUUAACUGCCUUUUUUUCACCGGUUAUUUCUACCGUCUCGAACCGGUCAUCCCUAUCCCCUAUUCUUCCUUUCAUAUUUAUACUCCUCUCUUCUCAUUCUUUCACUCUGCUUCCUUCUUCAUACCCAAAGGCGAGGCUCAGCCUCCCCCAAAAAUCCAUUUUGUACAGUACCAAAACCAGAGAUUAUAAUUUUUUUUUUUUUCCAUUUUAGGGUUUAUUAUUUUUUUCCUAUUUUAUUAUUUUGUUUUUCUUCUAUCAUGGGGACGAUCGCGCACAGAAAAGAGACCGAUCGGAUUAAGGGUCCAUGGAGCCCUGAAGAGGAUGAGCUUUUACAGAGCCUUGUUGAGAAGCAUGGCCCGAGGAACUGGUCUUUGAUCAGCAAAUCGAUUCCGGGGAGAUCCGGCAAAUCCUGCCGGCUCCGGUGGUGCAACCAGCUCUCGCCGCAGGUGGAGCAUCGUGCUUUUACGCCGGAGGAGGACGAGACGAUUGUCCGGGCUCACGCCAAGUUUGGGAACAAGUGGGCUACCAUAGCCCGUUUGCUCUCUGGUCGGACGGAUAACGCCAUAAAGAACCACUGGAACUCCACCCUUAAACGGCGUUGCUCUUCCAUGUCGGACGAUUUCAACUUCGAAAUCCCUCCGCCGCCGCUCAAGAGAUCUGCUAGCGUUGGCCCAGGUACAAAUGUGUCAAAUUUGUACGUUAACCCGGGUAGCCCGUCCGGAUCCGACAUGAGUGACUCGAGCCUUUCGGGUUUCGGAUCAAGUCGAGUUUUCCGACCCUUUGCCCGGACCGGCGGGAUCUCCCCUCCGAUUCAACAGAUCGACGCUCCGUCGGCUGCACCUUCAGUGGAUCCACCAACAUCCUUAACCCUUUCCCUACCCGGAUCAAGCUCCGGAACCAGCCCGACCCAAAAUAACAUUUCCACCGAAACCCCUGUAUUUUGUUCUGGUCAACCAACUGUUCAGCAAACUCAGGUAAUAGCACAAGUAGCGCCACCACCGCCGCCUCCUCCACCACCAACACCUCCUCAACUACUUGCACAGACGCAGCGGCAGCCGGAAGCAGCACCGGUGCCGCCAACUCGACAGGCGCAAGUCGGUUUUGGUUUCUCUGUUCCGGCAGCACCCAUGACUGUUCAAGCAGGGGAAAGGCAGUUCUUCAGUCCGGAGUUCUUGGGAGUUUUGCAGGAAUUGAUUAGGAAGGAGGUGAGGAGUUACAUGUCUGGGGUGGAGCAAAAUGGGAUGUGUAUGCAGACUGAAGCAAUUAGAAACGCAGUGGUGAAGCGUAUGGGAAUCAGCAAAAUUGAUUAA